GGUAGGCAUCCGCGGGGAGCUCGGCGCAGUGCGCACGCGCACUGACCCCGGCGGGCCCUAGCAACCAGAGCAGUGACAGUAGCAACGGCCGGAAUGGCAAAAGCAACAACAAUCAAAGAAGCCCUAGCCAGAUGGGAAGAGAAAACUGGUCAGAGGCCAUCUGAUGCCAAAGAGAUAAAGCUUUAUGCCCAGAUACCCCCUAUAGAGAAGAUGGAUGCAUCUUUGUCCAUGCUUGCUAACUGCGAGAAACUUUCACUGUCUACAAACUGCAUUGAAAAAAUUGCUAACCUGAAUGGCUUAAAAAACUUGAGAAUAUUGUCUUUAGGAAGAAACAACAUAAAGAACUUAAAUGGACUGGAAGCAGUAGGAGACACAUUAGAAGAACUGUGGAUCUCCUAUAAUUUUAUCGAGAAGUUGAAAGGAAUCCAUGUAAUGAAGAAACUGAAGAUUCUUUACAUGUCAAAUAACCUGGUGAAAGACUGGGCUGAAUUUGUGAAGCUAGCAGAAUUGCCAUGCCUGGAAGAUUUGGUGUUUGUAGGCAAUCCCUUGGAAGAGAAACACUCUGCUGAGAGCAACUGGAUUGAAGAGGCAACCAAGAGAGUGCCUAGACUGAAAAAGCUGGAUGGAACUCCAGUGAUUAAAGAGGAUGAGGAAGAAGAAAACUAACUCUGCAUUUUCCUUCUUGUGUUAACUUAUUUAAAUGUCAUAAGAACAAUAGAUAAGUUUUGUAUAAUUGUUUAUUUUAAAGAUUGUGUGUGGGGCAAAAUGUUCUUAAGAUAAAACCAAUCCCUCAUUCCUGUUCUUUUCCUAACCUAUUCAGUGUUCAUCCCCCAAACUGGUAAUACCAUUUUUAAUCUUUUUUAGAAACCAGAAAAUUUCCAUUUUUUAAUCUCCAGUCUUAGUUAUGUACUAUGUAAUCCUAUCUACUGAAACCUUUAUAGACCAGUCAUUUUUAACAGCAAAGGAACAAAUAUUCUUGAUUUAGUUCGUUUAGCUUUUCUUUUUUAAGUCAAGCAAUUUAAAAGAUAUACUUUUGAAUCUGUAGAACAUGUUUCUUGGAGGUCUCCCUCCUAGGACUCAGAAGCACAAAUGUUUCAUGCCUUUGAUUUCGAAGGCAGCAUGCCGAUGAAGACUUCUCGAAGUACAGCAGCAGCCCUAGCACCAACACUCUCAAGUCUAGUUGAAAAAUUUAUGGUGAUAAAAGAAAAAAAUAAUUAUCUUGGAGGCCUUUGAGCCCAUGUUAUAUUUACUUACUUGUUUUUCCAAAAAUGUGUGCAUUGUCAACUGGAAUUCAGGUUGUGUUUACAUGCAUGGCCACUUGAGUCAUCGUGAACAGUCAUUCUGUGAUCCAGGUCAGUGAUUAAAAUGACUGUCAUGAUUAUUCGUUUGACCAAUAAUGUGACCAUGUUACUCAUGUGGACUUGGCCUUAAACACACAUUUGGUUUAUUGUUCCUCAUGUGUUGAAAACAGUAAUUAUAUUUGAAUUCCUGGCCUGUCGGCCAUUGAUAUAUGCCAACAUUUGCCCUAAUAAUUUGGUCUGGUGACCCUCAUUGUUGGGGCAGUAAUCGUUAUGGUUACAAGGGUACAGAUGGAAGGAGUGCAUUUGGUACCUUUCAACAAGUGAAACGAUAUUUCAAAAUAUAUUUUUUGAGAAGUCCAGAGUUAAAUUGCUUUGAAAAUGUAUUACGUAAGUGUUUGUAGAGGGAAGAGAGAAGAGGGUUUCAAUGUGGGAUCCCAGCAAAUGGCAAUGUUUGAGGAUGGCCUCCCGUGUAUGAAGCAGUGUAGGUGAUUUAACCUCAGAACUGCAAAGCAAUAGUCAGAUGCAGAGAUUAGAAUUUAUCAUGAAGAAAACUCCGUCUGGAAAGUGCAGGACACUGUAGUCAGUAACAAGGUGAAGUUGAAAGCAGGCCAUGACUGAAUCCCUAAUAGAUUACGGAAAAGUCAGUGGCCCUCUGCCAAAUUGUGCCUGAAGUCGCUCCAGUAGAGACUAUUGAUUGUUUCCCCAACUCCUUGUGUGAUUUUACUUGUAUAAAAUCACAGUGAAAGAGGGGAGAAUCAUUUCUUUAAAGUGGUUGCAUAAGUAGUCCUGGUUUUCGGCUCUGAUUUAAGUAGAAAUGACUUGAUUUUUCUGAGUCACUCUGAUCAAAAGGGACCAGUGCUUUGACAAUCAACUCUAAAUACAAACAAGGAAGACUUAGCCUGACACUUUAGCUUUUAGCUCUUCCUUUCAAUCUGAUAGGAAACAAAGAAACACUUUAUUCUGACUUUCUGACUGGCCUAUACAUUCAAAGCCUUUGGGCUGCCUGUUUUUUGGUGCAUCAUAGGCAAUGAGCCUUCAUUCCUGGUGAAGUUGAAGGCCCGCAAGCUGAGGGAAGCCUAUCUUUGCUAUUUAGUUUGCAUUUCAUCUCUUAGGCAAGCUUGAAGCCUUAUUGCUAUCUCUGGGUACCUUUUCUAAAAAUUACCCUGGAAGCGAAUAUAAUAGAGGAUAAAUCACUUCAUAUUGAAUUUGUAAAAUGGCUUAUAGUUUAGGUGUUUGGUUUUUCUGAAUUAUGUACUUUAGAAACAAAUUUUCUCUUAUUCUCCUUGUUUCUUAAUAUCUUUUAAUUACUGAUAGUUCUCAGUGAAAUGUAAGGUGCUUUUCUAUGUCCAUUUCACACCAAAUUCAUAUUCAGUUCCACUCAACAAAUAUUUGAAUGACUUCUGAACAUCCCUAUUCAUGGAAUUAAAGCCAGAAUCCACGCCGUUAGAAAAUGGAAAGUAGGGCUAUGAAAUAAAAUAGUUCAGGAUUUUCUUAGAUUAUUCCUUAAGUUAUCCUUUACUGCUACAAAUUUAACUGAUAUUAAAUCUUUGGUUUAUACCUCCUAGAUUAGGUAUUUGACCUUUUUGGGACAGAUUCCCUCUGUCUUCCUGUUUUAAAGCAUUACGCUAUUUUUGUGGAUCAUUUACAUUCUAUUCUUAGAAAUUCUGGAAUUAGUCCAGUUACUUUAAUGUUUUAUCACAAUUUUGAUUUUAGUCCACCAAGGAAUUCAACUUCUCUGUUACCUAACUCUAAGCUUACCUAACUCCAUAGGCAGGCCUUAAAAGGUUUUUAUCCUGUUAAUAGGAAUUUGUUUCUUUGAACCAGAGAUUCUCAACUUGGCACUAUUAAUAUUUGGGCUGGACAAUUCAUUGUUGUGGGGGCCGUGCCAUGCAUUGUAGGAGAUUCAGCAGCAUCUCUGUCCUUUGCCUACUACAUGCCAAUAGGACCCCUUUCCCAGUUACAACCACAAAACUUGUUUCCAGACGUUGCCGUCUCUACCCUGGAGCAGGGUUGGCAGGAACAAAAUCUUCCCCAGUUAAUCCUGUACUUUUUUUUUUCUUUUUUUUUUUUAGUAUUCUAUAGGGCACAUAUGCUUGCAGGUUUUAGGGCCAGCAGUGGGGAGGAGGUAGUGAGAAAUCAUUCCCCAGAGUUGGGAUAUUUUGGUACAGACAUAUACAUGUCCAGAAUGUUUUUCAAGGCACCAGGUCUAGGACUUGAACCACACCAUGUGGGA